GCCCAGGCCCAGGGUAUAUGGAGAACAAAAUUUGUGCGUAUUGCGUAUUGCGUAUGCCUCCGCCGCUAGCUAGUUCUUGGUAUUGAUUGGCCAAUGGCCAUAGAAAGCAUAAUUUUGAUCCAUUCCCCGGAAAAAUGACGGCACCUAAUGCUCCGCCCACCACCACCACCACCACCCAGGCCUACGGAGAAUCAUGGUACUGGGACAACCGCUACGCCCACGAUCCAUCCACCUUCGAUUGGUACCAGAAGUACCCAUCCCUCGCCCCUCUCCUCCGCCUCUACUUUCCUCCCACUCCCCACCACCCAAUUCUCGUCGUCGGCUGUGGCAAUUCCGCCUUUAGUGAAGGCCUGGUGGAUGAUGGAUACGAUGAAGUUGUCAAUAUUGACAUCUCCUCAGUGGUGAUUGAAGCAAUGCAAAAGAAGUAUGCUAAUCGCCCGCAGUUAAAAUAUAUGAAAAUGGAUGUCCGGAAUAUGAGUGCCUUUGACACAAGGUCCUUUUCUGCUGUUAUUGAUAAAGGGACACUGGAUUCUCUAUUGUGUGGACACAACUCGCGGCAAAAUGCUGGUAAGAUGCUUGAGGAAGUCUGGAGGGUCCUCAAGGAUAAAGGAGUAUAUAUUCUGAUUACAUAUGGAUCACCAGCUUAUCGACUACCAUUAUUGAAAGACUUGUCGUGGACAAUUAAGCUGCAUGUGAUAGAGAAACUUGCAUCGGGAAAUAGUUCACAUCAAACAACGGACAUUACCUGCCCGAUUCCAUUAGAUGUCAAUGGUGGUUCUGUAGAAGGUGCUGUAGGGAUGAAGGCUGAUGUCCACUAUAUUUAUGUAUGCAUAAAGCCUCCACUUUGUCAGGAUAACUCCGAAAGAGUGAAGGAUGAGUCUCCAAUGGAAGGAUGAAGAGAUGAGGAUCGCAUAAGGAUUAUUGUUCUGCCCAUAAUUAUUCCUUUUGUUAGUAAUAAACUAUGGUUGGGGCCUGGGUAUGAUAGCUAUUUAAUAGUAUGAGGUGAUCAAAUACGUGGGAGGGCUGAGCUCUGUAGAUACAGUGUAAAGCAUUGUAUCCCUGGACAUUGCAUGAGUUUAUGUAAUUGAACAGUAUGAUGGUUUUCCAUCAAAAGAAAGAUGAUUGCAUGGGUUGAAAA